AUGGAGACGGCUGUCCAGGGCUGGUUCGCGAUCAUGGAGGCCCAAUUCCAUCUGGCCAAGAUUACCAGCGACACCACCAGGUUCUACCACGUCCUGGCUGCCCUUCCGCCCACCACAGUCUCCAAGCUUGACACAUCAGUGCUUGGUUCGAGCAGCUAUGCAACCCUGCGGGAUGCUGUGUGCUCCCUCUAUGAGCGGACUAGGUCUGAGCUAUUCGAUCAGCUCAUCAGCAAGGUCCAACUGACCGGACGACCUUCUCUUUUCGUCAGAGAACUACAGGAGAUUGGCUGCAAGGUGGGGGUCGGCGACGACCUCGUGAGACACAAGUUGCUCCAGAGCCUGCCGCCCACCGUGGGAACUGUCCUCGCAGCCCAGCGGGACCUCACGCUCCACCAGCUGGGCAAGCUGGCCGAUGAACUGAUGCCUCUGCUUCAGACGUCCUGCUUAGCAGCAACUGCCCAGCCUCAGCCGCCCUCGACCAGUCAGCAGCAGCACCAGUGGGACCAUCGUCCUGCCGCCCGAUCCAGUGGCCGCAGUCGGGAUGGACCUCUACCUGCUGCCAGCUCCACUCCACGAGGCCUGCAGCCAUUCUACAGAGACCAGCGACCACAAGUCUGCAGGGCGCACCUGUACUUCGGCCAGGAGGCCCGCACGUGCAAGCCCUGGUGCCGGUGGCCGAAGAAGGGGGACGCCAAGAUGGAGCCCUCCUCCCGGCGUGGUUCUCCCCAGCGUGCUCCCGUCGACCGCCCCGGUCCCGGCGCCUUCCUGGUCAACCAGAGCGACAGUCUACCACCGGAGGUCCAGACACUCCUGCAGCAGUUCCCCUCUCUGCUGAUGCCGCUGCAACUGGGAACAGAAGCUGAUGCGUGCCCGAUUCCAGCCUCCCACAACAUCGACACCGGCAGCUCUCCACCGACGUUCGCCAGUCCGAGACGACUCCCGCCGGACAAGCUGGAAGCUGCCAAGAAGACGUUCGACACCCUGCUGGAGGCUGGCAUCAUCCGACCGUCCAACUCUCCCUGGGCAUCGCCUCUGCACAUGGUCCCGAAGAAGACACCCGGGAUGUGGAGAGCGACAGGGGACUACCGCGCGCUGAACGGCAAGACCAAGCCAGACCGCUACCCGCUGCCACACAUCCACAGCAUCAGCACCCGUCUCCAUGGGAUGCGUGUGUUCUCCAAGGUGGACCUGCUGAGAGCCUAUCACCAGAUCCCUAUGUCGCCACAGGAUGUGGAGAAGACGGCUGUAACGACACCAUUCGGCGCGUACGAAUACGUGUUCAUGCCGCUGGGCCUGCGGAACAGUGGGGCUACAUUCCAGCGUGUGAUGGACCAGCUGUUCCGCCAGGUCAGCUGCGUCUUCGUCUACCUGGAUGACGUCCUGAUCUUCUCGCCAGACGCAGAGCAGCAUCACAAGGACCUUCAGACCGUCCUCGGCAUCCUCCAUCGACACCGGCUAAGGAUCUCGCUGGACAAGUGCGACUUCUUCAAGUCGCAGGUGGUCUAUCUAGGCCACACCGUCUCCGCCGAGGGGCUCCGGCCGCCAGACGCCAAGAUCGAGGAGAUCGCAGAUCUGCCGACUCCACCGGACUCCACAGCACUCCGCCGAUUCCUCGGGAUGGUCGGGUUCUUCCGCCGGAUGAUCCCACACUUCGCCGAGAUCGUCCACCCGCUGACAGAGCUGAUGAAGCACAACCAGAAGAGCACCAACCUCCCGUGGACCGAGACGGAGCUCGCCGCCUUCACAGACAUCAAGGAGGCACUGCAGACAGCAUGCACCAUCCGACAUCACCUGCCGUCCUGUGAGACCUACCACCUGGUCACCGACUGCUCACAGGUGGCAGCCGGUGCAGCUCUGUACCAGAUCGCGGACGGUCAGCCUGUCCCCGUCGGCUUCUUCUCCAAGAAGCUCAGCGACCAGCAGAGGCGAUACUCAACAUACGACCGCGAGCUGCUGGCCGCCUACCUGGCCGUGCUUCACUUCCGUCACCUGUUGGAAGGUCGUGUCGUCGCGCUCUUCACUGACCACCGGCCGCUCACCACCGCGUUCCUCAGCCCGCAGACGGCCAAGUCGGACCGUCAGCAGCGGCACUGGAGCGUGAUCUCCGAGUACGUCUCCUCCGUCCAGUACGUGCGCGGGGCUGACAACGUGGUCGCUGACUGUUGGAGAUCACUCCUGGCCACACUGGGCAGCGCGGCUACCGCGCCCGUCGGUGCGGGUGCGCGCCCUGAGUCGCCUCCGGUCACCGUACCGGACGGCGCGCGCGCGCGCCCUGUGCCGCCUCCGGUCGCCGCACCGGUCGCCGCGCGCGCGGUACGCCUCGAGCCGCCACCGGUCGCCGCGCCGGACAGUGCCCGCGCGCGCUCGGAGCGGCCACCUGUCGCCGCACCGGACCGCGCGCGCGCGCGCCCCGAUCCGCCGUCUGCUGCGCUCCGCAGCACCGCCGCCGACACUGGCAUGACCCCGGUGACUGCUGCGCCGCACCCGGCCACCGAGUCGCUGGCGGCUGCCGCGCCACCGAGCACCACGCCUACAGCGUCAGUGAACGCCGCCACCGUGGACGCCGCCGACCUGCACGCCAUCGCCGAGGCUCAGAGGGACGACCAGGAGACAGCUGCCUACUCGGACCGGCUGACACCCUUCCCGUUGUCAGCUGAUCUCACCGUCCUCUGUGAUACCACUCUGACACUUCCCAGGCCGUUUGUCCCAGUCCCCCUCCGCACUCAUGUGUUCGAACAGGUGCACAGCCUCGCUCAUCCUGGUGUCAAGGCCUCCCUUCAGCUGGUCAAGUCGCGCUACUUCUGGCCCGACAUGGACCGCUGUAUCCGCCGGUGGGUACGCGAGUGCUCCUCCUGCCAAUCGAGUAAGGUCCACCGCCACACCAAAACCGUCCCGUCUCCGUUUUCUCUCCUCAGCGACAGGUUCGAGACCAUCCACAUAGACAUUGUCGGUCCUCUGCCGCCAUCAAUCCCUCACGGUGAGUCUUUCACCUCCCCGUGUCGGUACCUCCUGACGUGUGUUGACCGUUCCACCCGCUGGCUGGAGGCGGCCCCUAUCGCCGACAUCUCAGCAGCCACCGUCGCAGCCGCCUUCAUGGACGUCUGGGUGGCCCGGUUUGGUGUGCCGCUGCACGUCGUCACCGACAGAGGUACUCAGUUUGAGUCCGCCCUCUUCCGACAACUGGCCGAGAUCCUCGGCUUUCACCGCCUGCGGACAACGGCGUACCACCCCAAGACCAACGGCAUGGUGGAGCGUCAGCAUCGGACGCUGAAGUCGGCCAUCAUCGCCAGCAAGAAACAGUGGUUACAAGCACUACCUGUGGUCCUCCUGGGCAUCCGGGCGGCCAUGAAUGAGACUGGCUAUGCGCCGUUCACUGCCGUCACCGGGGGCAUGCUGUUGCAGCCCCGGAUAAGUGUGGACCGGCAGCCUGCUCCGGACGGCGCCGCCGAGACCGUCGGGGAGCUGGCCCGCCGACUCGCCAGGACAGACUUCCUCUCGCCGUCUGAAGGCAGCCACCAUGGACUGACCCAGCCGCACAUGCCGACCGACCUCUCGACGUGUUCACACGUCUGGCUGCGGGUUGACCGCGUGCGCCGCCCUCUGGAGGCGCCUUAUAUCGGCCCUCUGCGCGUCCUCAGACGAUGGGAUCGCUGGUACCAGCUGGAGCUGCCGUCGGGGAAGAGUGACACCGUCUCGGUCGAGCGGCUCAAACCAGCAUACCUACCGCAGUCACCGCCGCCGGGUGGGCUGGGCGGUGCCGAUGCCGCACCGCCCCUGCCCCCCGUGCAGUCCGGUACAACCACAUCGCCGUCGGUGGAGCCGGGCCGCGCCGAUGCCGCGCUGUCCCCGCUUCCCGGCCUGGCCAGCGCUGCACCGCCUGUGCACGCUUCAUCAUCGCCGCCAGCGGAGCCGGACCGUGCUGACGUAGCGCCGCCACCAUCUGCUCCGCCACGUCGUGGUCGCCGUCUUGGGGGCCAGAGCUCGGCGCCCGCGUCGCCGCCGUCGCCUGUGCCUGUUCGUCCACAGCGAGACGCCGUGUACACUCGUGCUGGUCGCCGCGUUCGGUUUCGUGUUCCACCCUCGUGAGUUUUUUAUCUUUUCCCGCUCCGCUCUUAGGGGGGGGGGGAAGUACUGUGGUGCCGCGCAGCCCACCGGCACAUUAUUUAGUUGCGGCGUCUCCGCCCAAGUGCGCUAUUGUUUUGUCGCGUGUGCGCAAAUACUGUUUCCUUUUCAAGUACCUUCUGAUCUCGUUUUUAGUAUUAUAUUUAAAUCGUAUUAUCUUCGCUAUUGUCUUAAGAUUAUAUAAUGUUACUUGCGUUCUAAAAUAAGUUUAUUGUGCUUUAAUUGGCGUAAUUAUUUCGUUGUUUUCUGUAAGCCCGUUUCUAUCUUUUAUCUAAAAUAGUUUGUGUUUCUGGCACUGUCGCUUCCGC